GAAGUAAUAUAACAGCCCAAUGCUUUCAAUAAGGAAGGACUUCUUUCAGUUCUUCGUUUUGCACAUGAUCUGAUGUUAAUGUGAUUACAUUUGAAGUGCAGAUUAGCAAAAGAGGUAAAAGUAUUUGUUCGGACUGAAAGGCUCCAAUAAUGAAGAUCUGCAGCUCAGACUGGAAGCUCUCUGCUCUCGUUGUAAUCCUGACGAUCAACAGCUUCUGUGCUUUUUCACAAAGUAAAAUUCCCCAUGAGAUUUGCUAUGUUGUGGGCUGCUUCUACAAUGGGACAACUCAAGUUCAGUACGAGUUUGACGCUGAGGAGAUUUUGUACAUGGAUUUUGACAGAGAAGAGCUUGUUUACACUGUGCCCAGAUUUAUGACGGAUGACCCGAGUAAACUAUUUGAGAAUAUAAACGUAUUUAUAAAUGCAGAGAAAAACAAGAAUGCGUGUCUAGCAGUUAACAAUGUCCUCAAAUCUGAGGAGAGAAAUCCACCGGAGGAAACAGACGCCCCUGAGAGCAUCCUCUACCCUUCAGAAGAAGUUAUGUUGGGAGUUGAAAACACCCUCAUCUGCUUUGUGAAUCAUUUCUACCCACCUCACAUCUACGUCAACUGGACCAGAAAUGAUCGUCCGGUGUCGGAGGGGGUGUCACUCAGUCGAUAUUAUCCCAAUAAUGAUCAAACCUUCCACCAGUUCUCUACCCUGACAUUCACACCGAUGGAGGGGGACAUUUACAGCUGCACCGUGGAGCACAUGGCCCUGGACAGGCCUUUAACAAGGAUCUGGGAAGCUGAGUUUAGUCAUCGCAGUCUUGGACCAGAUGUUUACUGUGGAGUGGGCCUGACUCUGGGCUUGUUGGGAGUCGCAGCAGGAACAUUUUUAAUGGUUAAGGGUCACCAUAGACAGUAAUUUCUCUGUUAUAGAGAGGUUAUACACAUGAAAUUGAUGAUGAUGCAUAUGAAUUUUACACAGACAAUCAUUUUGGAGUGCACCAUUUAUCGUCUUCUAAACCGUGAUUUGGCUUUGAGAGAGGUAUGAAUAUCAGGCCUUCUUGAAAAAUGAAUUAAAUAAAUGGGUGUACACUGUUCAAACAUAUUUCCUCGCCACACACAAAGAAUAAAUACAGUUCAUGUGCUGUGUAUCAUUUACAUGCGGACACGACUUACAGUAAUACACUGUAAUUUAUAUUUUACUUUGAAGAGAGACAAUGCAACUUCUGAGGGAAGAAAUAACACUUCCUCUUUAAAAACAAUGCUGAAUUCAUAAGCAAUAAAACACACCCGACUCAACUAAGUACACUCAGGGAUUUUGCUGCUAGUUUCACUUGGUCUGGUUUGACUACUAGCUUUUGGUGGCCGAUACUAGCUAACAGCACACUUUAAAUAGAUAUUGUAUGACUGACAUUACUGAAUGUCAAAAAGAGUCUUGGCUUUACACAGUAAAUGCAAAAGGGCCUUAUGGUCUGAAUGAAGCUUUUUAUUUCAUUUCUUUAUUAUUCAUUUAUUGGCGCUUUUGUUUGCCUUCUAUGUUAUUACUGUAGAGUGUUGUUUAUUCAAACAUUGCCAUGUAACAUGCUGU